CCGCUGGUUACGCUUUUAUCAGGACUUUCGUUUUCCUUUCUUGGCUUCUGAGUAUGUUGGUGAAUUGAAGAAACAUGGCUGGCUUAGAGGUGUUAUACACCUGUGUUGCAGGUAACAUCAGCUGUCCACAAGACGCCGUUGUGUGUUUUGUUCACUGGGAAAUGAUAAAGAAUGGAUACAGAUGUAUCGGGUCUGGAGAUGAGCCCCGCAUCAGUGAUAAGAAGUCAGAGCUGCUGCCUGCUGACUGGAGCAGCAACAAGGAGCUAUACAGUCUACGUUAUAAAGCCAAAGACAAGGACACACAAAUACUACUAAAAGCCAUCACUGUGGACUCAGCCCUAAUCUUCAACCUGAUGAACGCCAGCACGCAGCAGGUGUCAGACUUGACGGUGAACAUCAGUGAUCAUGUGAAUGCUGAUCAGCUGCACAUGUUUGACAGUGUAUUCAAGGAUGCAGACAGCUUGUCAGAGAAGGUGAAGACUCAGUUGCUGCCUUCCCCGGAGAGGCUGACAGGACAGAAAGCGGAGAAUAGGAGCCAGAGGGAAGAGGAAGAGGAGGCACAGAGAAGACGGGGAGAGGACAGUGACCCCCUCCGCAUCCCUAACAGACAUCCUCGCCAGGGAACUCAUCCUCACUGGCCGGACCCGAUGAUUCCUCCAUUUGCAGCCGGAGGAGCAGAUCUCGAUCCUUUUGGAUCUCGGGGUGGUGGUGGGAUGAUAGUCGACCCGCUGAGGUCAGGCUAUCCUCGCUCCGGCUUUGACCCAUCUAGCGGCAUACCAGACAUUCUGCCUCCUGGUGCCGUUCCCCCGGGAGCUCGCUUCGAUCCAUUUGGACCCAUUGGACGUCACAGACCAGGACCGGACCCGGACCACAUGCCCCCACCUGGUUAUGACGACAUGUUCAUGUAGUAUCCAGCUGCAUUUCCUACUUAUCUACUUCCUGUUUGCUACUUAUUUCAGCAUUGAUCCAGUUCUGAGUUAAAAAAAAAAGUGCUCAAAAAAGAAAAAAAGUUUGUUUUCAGAUUUCUUGUUUCACAUAAACAAAACUAGAGUGAAUAACUUAUAUAAAGACAAGUUAAUGAUGUGAUAUUGGUUUGAGUAUAUAUCCAUUUAUAGAUGCUUUUGAUGUGAAUCGUACUCCAAAAGGAGACUUUUUUUUUGGACAAUGAGCUAAACAAGUCCCCCCAGACAGACGUACUUACUCAGACACAUUUUGUCUUUAAAAAAAAAGUUCAUUCUCAUUCCUGCUAUUUCUUCAAACAAAAUCUUAUGGUUCAGAUUUAUUGCUAAAAGUGAUAUUUUAUAUAUCUGUUGGACAUGAGGAAAUAUUGUUCUGAGGUGUUUUUGAGUGAUUGUUGAUUAAACAACAUGGCUAACUAUCUUCUAGUUUAAUAAAAACCUGUAAUUUUA